CCUAGUCCAACCUGUUAUCUUGUGCCGUUGGUGCUGCAGGGUCCCCCACCCCCUAAUUUCUGUUCUGAAGCGCUCUGAGUCCUCUCAAAGGAACAGCUCGAUGCCAUUUUUCCAAUGUGUACACGUAUUAUCACCUGCAGUGGUUGUUAUUCGUGCUGCCCUGACAUGCCUGCACACUUCACAGCAUGCACAUCACCUUGGAGAACCCGAGCUGUGCUGCGAGCCCAGGUUCUGCAGGAGCAGCAAGGAGGAGAAUGGCCCAAGCUACAGCGCCAGCAGUGUCCAUCCACGAUGAGGACUCCUCUGAAAGCAGGAUGGUGGUUACGUUCCUCAUGUCGGCACUUGAGUCAAUGUGCAAAGAACUUGCCAAGUCCAAGGCAGAAGUGGCCUGUAUUGCUGUAUAUGAAACAGACGUAUUUGUAGUUGGAACUGAGAGAGGAAGAGCCUUUGUCAACUCUAGGAAAGAUUUUCAGAAGGAUUUUGUUAAAUACUGUGUUACGGAAGAGGAGAGGGCUGCAGAGCUGCAGAAAACAAAGACUGUACCACCUGUAAACAGGCUGACAGUGGAUAUCAUGGAACUGGAAGCUCUCAGAAAGUCUGUAGAGGACUUCUUCUGCUUUUGCUAUGGUAAAGCUUUAGGAAAGUCAACAGUAGUACCUGUGCCAUACGAGAAGAUUCAGAGAGACCAGUCUGCCGUGGUAGUGCAGGGCCUGCCUGAGGGACUUGCGUUUAAACAUCCAGCGAAUUAUGAUGUUUCAACCCUGAAGUGGAUUUUGGAAAACAAGUCAGGGAUCUCAUUUAUCAUCAAAAGGCCAUUCCUAGAGCCAAAGAAACACCUAGGAGCUCAUAUGACAGAUCCUUCACAUUCAAUUAUACCUCCAGGUGGAAGUUGUCCUCCUAUUCAAGUGAAAACGGAACCAAAUGAGGAUUCUGGAAUUUCACUGGAAAUGUCAACAGUAACAGUGAAGGAGGAAUCGGAGGAUCCUGACUACUAUCAGUAUAAUAUUCCAGGCCCUUCCGAAACAUCAGAGAUGGAUGAAAAAAUUGCUCUAGCAAAAAGUUACACAGAUUCCUCCCAGCACACCCCUUCAGAAACAAGUGAGGAUCCUGAGGUUGAGGUCACCAUUGAAGAUGAUGAUGACUACUUGCCCCCUAACAAGAGACCGAAGAACACUGAGUCAGCGAAUGAAGCUGCCAAUACUGGGAGAAGAAAAGUGAGAGAAUUCAAUUUUGAGAAAUGGAAUGCUCGAAUUACGGACUUGAGAAAGCAAGUUGAAGAACUGUUUGAGAGAAAAUAUGCUCAAGCUAUAAAAGCUAAAGGUCCGGUGUCUAUCCCAUACCCACUCUUCCAGUCACACGUGGAAGACCUUUAUGUGGAAGGUCUGCCAGAAGGAAUUCCCUUCCGAAGGCCAUCCACGUAUGGCAUUCCCCGUCUUGAGAGGAUACUUCUAGCGAAGGAGCGGAUCCGGUUUGUGAUUAAAAAGCAUGAGCUUUUGAAUUCGACAAGAGAAGAUGUACCCUUGGACAAACCAGUUGCAGGAGUGAAAGAGGAGUGGUAUGCUAGAAUCACCAAGCUGAGGAAGAUGGUAGAUCAACUCUUCUGUAAGAAGUUUGCCGAGGCAUUGGGGAGCACCGAGCCUAAAGCUGUCCCAUACCAGAAAUUUGAGGCCCAUCCAACUGACCUCUAUGUUGAAGGUCUGCCAGAGAACAUUCCCUUUAGGAGUCCAUCCUGGUAUGGGAUCCCUCGCCUUGAAAAAAUAAUUCAAGUGGGCAACAGAAUAAAAUUUGUAAUCAAAAGGCCGGAGCUACUAACCCUCAGUUCAACCGAAGUUAUUCAACCCAGGACAAACACACCAGUGAAAGAAGAUUGGAAUGUUAGGAUCACAAAGCUAAGAAAGCAAGUAGAAGAGAUAUUUAAUAUGAAAUUUGCCCAAGCUCUGGGGCUUUCAGAGGCAGUGAAGGUUCCCUAUCCUGUAUUUGAAUCAAACCCUGAGUACUUGUACGUCGAAGGCUUGCCAGAAGGAAUCCCCUUCCGGAGUCCCACAUGGUUUGGAAUUCCACGCCUUGAAAGAAUUGUCCGUGGGAGUGGCAAAAUCAAAUUUGUUGUUAAAAAGCCUGAGCUUGUCACUUCCUAUUUGCCACCAGGACUGGCUAGUAAAGUAAACACUAAAGCAAUGAGUCCAAAGAGUUCAAAAAGAUCACGGAGUCCUGCAAGCAAUUCAAAGGUCCCGGAGAUAGAAGUUACUGUUGAUGAAGGUCUCAAUAAACCACAAGCAACAGAUGUUCGAACUAAUUCUCAAACCAAUGGGUCCAAUGUGAGUUUCAAGCCACGAGGAAGAGAAUUUUCUUUCGAGGCAUGGAAUGCCAAAAUUACUGAUCUAAAGCAAAAAGUUGAAAAUCUUUUUAAUGAAAAAUGUGGGGAAGCGCUGGGGCUGAGUGAACCAGUGAAGGUGCCGUUUGCGUUAUUUGAAUCCUUCCCGGAGGUUUUCUAUGUGGAAGGCCUACCAGAGGGAGUGCCAUUCCGACGACCUUCUACUUUUGGAAUUCCAAGACUAGAGAAGAUCCUGAGAAACAAAUCUAAGAUAAAAUUCGUUAUUAAAAAGCCUGAGAUGUUUGAGGCGGCAGUUAAGGAAAGUUCUGCUAAAAGUCCCCAGAGGAAAAAUAAUUCAUCUAAUAUAGCCAAUACAGCAAGCUCCACAAUGAAUACAGUGGUAAACACAGCUGCAGGUGUUGAAGAUCUCAACAUCAUUCAAGUAACUAUACCAGAUGAUGAAAGUGAGCGGCUUUCAAAAGUAGAAAAGGCCAGACAAUUGAGAGAGCAAGUAAACGAUCUGUUUAGCCGGAAAUUUGGUGAAGCCAUUGGUAUGAGUUUUCCUGUGAAGGUCCCGUACAGGAAAAUCACCAUCAACCCUGGCUGUGUGGUGGUGGAUGGGAUGCCUCCUGGCGUGGCAUUUAAAGCUCCCAGUUAUCUGGAAAUCAGCUCGAUGAGGAAGAUUUUGGAAUCAUCGGAGUUUAUCAAGUUUACUGUCAUUCGACCAUUUCCAGGACUUGUGAUUAACAACCAGCUGAUGGAAAAAGCUGAAGCAGAAGCACCACCACCACCAGCAGCACCCGUGCUACCAGAGCCAGCUGAACCAAGCCAAAUAGAAGUAUCUGUAGGAGAUGUUACAGAAACAGAGGAAAGUUCUCAAAUAAAGCAAGAACCAGACCCAACGUGGUAGACCUCAUCAGUACUACGUCAGAAGCACCCAGUUCUGUGAAGAGCUUGUCAGGCCUGUCCUGAUCCGUGUAAUAUAACUGUAUAAGAGAAGUACCUUCUAUACAAACCCUUUUUGUACUUUUAGAUAGAAAUGUCUACUUUUUCAGCAGUUCUGUGAAUUGACUUAAUGCAAAGAAUGACUGUAGAUUUGGAAUGGCUGGUUUUACUUUGGAAUAUAUCGUGAGGACUAAAUAUGAUGCAGCAAUGCUGGGGAGAUGACAACGAUUAAAAUCAACAGGGACUUAACAGAGGCUGUCUGCGUUUCCCAAUAAAGCUGAACUUCACUGUACCUGAAUGCAUCUCAGCUUUUGUAAUGAAGAAAAAAAUCCUUCAAGUAGUUCAGUUUGUUAGUUUUACUUUGAGAAAACAAAUCACUAAUUUUUAGUUAUCACUCCUUUAAUGGCUGCUUGGACAAUAGUAUCUGUAUAUUUGAACUAAUUUUUCCUAUACCUACCACAAUUCAUAUGUUUUUCAUAAAUAAAAGAUGAACUGGUUCACUUGACCGUUAGUAUGCAUUAAUGAGGUGGACAGUAUUUCAGCGUGUGGAUUAGGAACCAAUUGAACCCUUCUGUAGUUUGUUCUGUUAACUCGAAGUAGUAACUGCAUGUUUUAUCAGAGUAUCAUGGUUUGUGUAUGAAGGGUCUGGUCCUGCAGUCCCGAUAUAGGCAAAACUCACGUGGACCUGUGCAAGAGCUUUUCUUCCGAAGGCUGGGGGGUAAAGCCUUGCUGUUCAUCUAGAGCUAGUUAUGGAACCUUACACUACAAGCUGCUCCAAGUCCUCCUGUGUCAAAAGUUAAGUCCCCUACAGUCCUGGUUACGCCGCACAUGAUGUAAGAGACUCAUGUAUGCAUUUUUUUUUGAAGUUUCAGAAACCAUAAAUUUGUAAGGUUCUGGCUAUAUGAUACUCUCUAUAGAGAAGAUAGAGAUUAUUGUAAAGGUUUCUCUUUCAUUGGCAUGAGUUUGGGAUGACUACAUUAUGCACAAAUACUAAACCUUAUUCCCUCAUUAAGAAAUAAAGACAUUUCUGAUGGUUUUCACGACUGUCCGUGCAGUAUACGUUUAUAUGUGAAGUCCUAGCAGUAAUUUUGUCGGCAGGUAGAAUACACUACAGCGUAGCUACUAAUUCCAGUGAAGAAAGUAAGUUCCUGUCAUGUCCUUCAGACAGAAAAGCGGCUCUGGGUGGGUGAGGUUGUUGCAUCUAAAAGAAAAACUUUGAAGACUUGAAUGCAGUUGGACAUGGUGUCUGUUCCCAGGAACACACAGCAGGAGCAAGCUGAAACUCGGCAGAUCAGUUCAGAGCAGCUCCUACUCUGCCAUUCUAGAGGCAAGGGAGAGCUACAGCCCAUGUGCAGGUGCUCUCACGAUUGCUUGGGGUAGGUCUCGGUGCUCCCACUGAAAUAUUGGAUGUUGUGCUGUUGGUGGCAGCAGCAGCAGGGUUAGCUCCACGCUGAACCAUUACUUUACCAGACACUCUCAGUUACGUACCUCCAGAAAUAGGUUGUUAAUGGAGUGACAGCCAGUUUCACGAUUGCUGCUAAAAAUUUUUAGAGUGGGGAAAUGAGUUCAUGCAGCCUUCCUUGGGCUCCCGACUUCCCCUUUUGAAAAAGCAGAAGGAUGGUCUGUCCCUUCUUCACUCUCAGCCCUAUUCGGGAGGCACUCUGCACAGCUGUCUGCCCAGCAAGGCUAAAUAUUGCUAACAGAGCUGCCAGUGCUGCCACAAAUGGAGGGAGAGGCAUCAGAACAAAAGAACUGAGAAUUAAGGAGUUCAGACUGCUGCCUUGCAUGGAUGUCCUGCGGAUGUAUCAUGUACUGUGCGUACGAGAGCUUAAAAAAUGAAGCGAAAACUGAUGACAGCGGUUUAACUGGAAGUACUGGAGUAAUUCCAUGAUGCUGGGAGCUCGGGUAGUGGUGUGCCUCGUGUCCGUCCCGCUGGGGAGUUUCGAUUAGUGCCAAUGUGCACAUCAGCAUCAACACUGAAGUCUCUUUUUGGUCUCAGACAUUUUGAGUUAUAACCAGUAGAGAGAAAUUAGACUGACAAAAUAAUUGCACCAAUAUUUAUACCUUCUAAAUAUCAAUUUUAUAUUAAAAAUGAUAUAUCUCUAUAUAUAGUCCUAACAGGUAGCAGACUUUUAAGAUGUUGACCUUGUAUGAAAAUCACACUCGUUUCCAAACUAAUAAUACAUGAGGUUUGUCACUCUUCGGGCAUUGACUGAUAAUGCCCUAAAAAGCCUUGGCUGUACUAAUUAACAAGCAAAUAAAUAAAAUUGCAACAACUUAA